ACCAGUGGAGAUGCUCUGACACAACAGCAAGAGACAUUUAUCUAAAACUAUCAAAAAUUAAAAUUAAAUAAAAAAGACAAAGACAUCGUCACGGGGCUAUCUUCCUCCCGACACAACAGCUCUCUUCUUCUUCUUCUUCACUAAAAUCUUGAUCAAACUCAAAAAACAAACACUUCCAAGAUUUGCUUUCUCUUCUCUUCUCUCAUGGCUCCCUCCACCAUCACUACCACACUCUCCGACCUCCCUGACGUCAUUUUAUUCAAUAUCUCCGCUCUCGUCACCGACACACGAGCUCGCAACUCCCUCUCCCUCGUCUCCCGCAAGUUCCUCGCCCUCGAGAGAUCAACACGCUCUCACCUCACUCUCCGCGGCAACGCGCGUGACCUCCACCUCCUCCCCGGCUGUUUCCGAUCCAUCUCCCACCUCGAUCUCUCCUUCCUCUCCCCGUGGGGUCACUCUCUCCUCUCUUCUCUCCCCACUGAUCACCAGAACCUCCUUAUUAAAUCACAAGGUUUGAUAAGAAGUCCUUCUCUUAUUUAAUAUCAAAAGCUCAAUAACAAAGUCACACCUUUAUCUCAUCACACGAUAUGUCUAUUUAUAUCACAUAGACAAUAUCCUAUUCCUAGUUGAUAAACCUCAAUAUUAUGAUCAUUAUUCAAAAACACACAAAUCAUAAUUCAACUAGGAAAACAUAUAACUUGUCUCUUAAGGUUUCUUCAAGCUAUAACUCCAACACUCCUCGCUCUCCGCCUCCGCCUCUGUUUCCCCUCAGUCUCCUCCCUCGCCGUCUACGCACGAUCUCCCUCCUCUCUCGAGCUUCUCCUCCCUCAAUGGCCGAGGAUCCGCCACGUCAAGCUCGUCCGCUGGCACCAGAGACCUUCUCAGAUCCCUCUGGGCGGCGACUUCGUCUCAGUCUUCGAGCACUGCGGCUUCCUCGAGUCUCUUGAUCUCUCCGCUUUCUACCACUGGACGGAAGACUUGCCUCCCGUUCUCCUCCGUUACGCUGACGUGGCGGCCAGGCUCACUCGUUUGAAUCUAUUAACGGCGUCGUUUAACGAUGGUUACAAGUCUAGCGAGAUUGUUGAUAUAACCAAAGCUUGUCCUAACCUUAGAGACUUCCGUGUAGCGUGCACGUUUGAUCCACGUUACUUCGAGUUCGUCGGUGACGAGACUCUCUCCGCCGUAUCCACCAACUGUCCUAAACUAACAGUCCUCCACAUGGUCGACACGGCGGCUCUAACGAGUCCUAGAGCUGUUCCGGGUAGCGAUGGUGGAGACUCAGCUGUUACAGUGGGGACGCUAGUGGAAGUUUUCUCAGCUCUACCGUGUCUAGAGGAGCUUGUGCUUGACGUAGGGAAGAAUGUGAAGCAGAGUGGUGUGGCUUUAGAGGCAUUAAACUCGAGAUGCAAAAAGUUAAGAGCUUUGAAGUUAGGACAGUUUCAUAGUGUUUGCUCUGCUACAGAGUGGCGGCUAGAGGGUGUAGCUUUAUGCGGAGGGUUACAGUCUUUGUCGAUUAAAAACUCGGGGGACUUGAGUGAUAUGGGUUUGGUGGCUAUAGGGAGAGGAUGUUGUAAGCUGAGUAAGUUUGAGGUUCAAGGGUGUGAGAAUGUGACGGUGAAGGGAGUAAGAACAAUGGUUACUCUUCUGAGGAAGACUUUGACUGAUGUUAGGAUCUCUUGCUGUAAGAACUUAGAUGCAACAGCUUCGUUGAAGGCGGUUGAACCGAUCUAUGAUCGGAUCAAGAAACUGCAUAUUGAUUGUGUUUGGUCUAGUGUAGAGGAGGAAGGAGGUGUGGAGGAGACUAACCAUGGUGAUGAUGAUGAUUAUGAGAGGAGUCAGAAGAGGUGCAAGUAUUCAUCAGAUGAAUCGUUGAAUGGGUUCUGUUCUGAAGAGAGAGUGUGGGAGAAGCUAGAGUAUCUGUCUUUAUGGAUCAAUGUUGGUGAGUUUCUAACACCAUUACCAAUGACAGGACUAGAUGACUGUCCAAACUUGGAAGAGAUUAGGAUCAAGAUAGAAGGAGACUGCAGAGGCAAACACAAGCCAGCUGAGCCAGAGCUAGGCCUAAGUUGCCUUGCUCUUUAUCCAAAGCUCUCCAAGAUGCAACUAGAUUGCGGCGACACUAUCGGUUACGCAUUGACUGCACCUCCCAUGCAGAUGGAUUUGAGCUCGUGGGAGAGAUUCUUCUUGAUUGGAAUUGGUAACUUGAGCUUGAGUGAGCUAGAUUAUUGGCCACCACAAGAUAGAGAUGUGAACCAGAGGAGUCUUUAUCUUCCAGGUGCAGGUCUGUUACAGGAAUGUUUAACUCUGAGGAAGCUUUUCAUCCAUGGAACGGCUUAUGAGCAUUUCAUGAAUUUUUUGUUGAGGAUCCCUAACUUAAGGGAUGUGCAGCUUAGAGAAGACUAUUACCCAGCACCUGAGAAUGAUAUGAGUACAGAGAUGAGAGUUGGCUCUUGUAGUAGAUUCGAGGACCAGUUGAACAGCCGCAACAUCAUUGACUGAUACUAAACACUAAGUAACUUCCACCCCCAUUAUUACAUAUGUAUUGACUUCAGCUUCAGUUCACUCUAAAUGUUAUGUUUGUAAAAGGAAAGAUCAAGAUGAUAUACACAAUUUGCAAUGAUGAAUGAUUUCAGAAAUGAAAAAAAAAAAAAAACAAUUUUUACAUUA